AUGGCGCAAUCCAUUUUGAGGCUUGGCCGUCAGAGUGGAUUCUUGAGCGCCAUUGCAACUACUAGGACUCAUUCGCGCACAUCAGGAGAAAUUCUAUCUAGAGCGUGGAGAUGCCAAAGUCUGGUGUGCACCUGGCAAGUCCUAGAAACGAGACCGCCAGCAGGGUUAUGGCGCCGAGAUCAGAGUCCAGCGUGGGCCUGCGUAGCUGGAAGCCCACAAAUCGGAUACUCGUCUAUGAUGCAUUUUGAUAAGGUUCCCGACAAACUGCCCGAUUGGUGGGACGAGGAAGACGAGGAUGAGGAAGAGGACAAUGACCAUGAAAAGGGUGGAACUGGUAAUGGGAACAAGGGUCGAGGAGAGGGAGGGGGCGCAGGAGGUGGCGGAGGAGGCGGAGGGGGAGAGGAGGGAAUUUUCGCGCUUCUACUCGCUGCGUACGUGCGUGCCAUCAAGACUAACCCGGUGCGUACUAAGGCAUUAUCGACGGGGCUGAUUGCAAUUCUCGGAGACCUUCUGGCACAGAAAAUUUCACAGCGCGGCGACGGACAAUUUGUCCUUGACAUGCGUAGAUCGGCAUCAGUGGGCAUCUGGGGACUGCUUGCCUUGGGACCUGCUCUGCAUUAUUGGUAUGGGAUUCUAGACAGAUUGUUUCUGGGGAGAUAUGCCGUGAUCAGUAAGCUUCUGAGUGACCAGCUGUUGUUCGCUCCGGUAUGUAACACUGCAUUUAUGUUAGGUGUCGGUUCCCUUGAAGGAAAUCCGUUCAGUGAAGUGUCAAAGACAGUGCGGGAAAAGUUUUGGCCAUCAACCAAAGCGAACUGGACAUUAUGGCCUGCAGCGCAACUGUUAAAUUUUUCACUUGUGCCGAAGACAUUUCAGAUUGUCUACGUCAAUUGCGUUGCUCUGGUAUGGUCCGUCAUACUUGCAUACAUCGCACAUGAUGAAUGA